CAGAAAGAUUUGUAAAAAUGUAAAAAAUAAGUAUUGUAAAAGAAGAGGAGUAUCAAACUCCAGCAAUAAUCCCAAAAACAGAAUUAGUAAUAUACUUGUAAAUAAUUUAAAGGUUGUAUAACAAUCAAAUUCUACUUACAUACAGAAAUAAAAACAGAUAGUUGAGAAUUUUUUUAAAGCUUUGAGAAGGUUGUAAGAAGCAUAAUUAAAUGAGUAAAAUCAAGAUUAACCUAAAUACCCUUUUGUCUUAUAAUACAGAUACGAUGAGUUUUUAGUAAUAUAUUUUAAAUAACAUUUAUAAGGUACAUUUGGGAAAUCAAUAAGUUUUUUUAAGAGAUCUAUAAGAUUUUAAGAAAUUUGAUUAGUAAGAGCAUUUUAGUUUAGAUGAAAAACCUAAACCUUCAAUUAAGCUUUCUGUUUAAAAAAGAAAGGGAUUUUCAAUUUAAGAAUAAAAAGACUCAAAAAAUAUCCCAAAGAAUUACUGUAAAGCUAUAAUUACCUUUGCUUAAAAAAAUUAAUAGCUUUGUCUAGAAAUACUUGGAGAUGAAUUGAAAGUUGCUAAAUUUAUAGAGCACUUAACUUCUCAUAAGAAAAGGUUACUCAAUAUAAGGGUAUUUAGCGCGUUAUUAAGAUAAAGUGAAGAUAUGGUCUAAGAAGAAUUCAAUCGAACUUUUAGAAUAAUAAGGUUUUUAAUUUCUAUUAAUUUAGUUAAAUCUUUGUAAAAAAAUAUGCAAUAAAUUAUAUUUAUAAUUCAAAAAUAGUUUAACAUAAUUGGCAUACUAGAUAUAGAUAAUAAAUAUAUAAAGGGAUUAGAAGUCCUAAAAGUUUUUCUCAUAUUAAGAAGUUAUGAAAUAUUGAU